CAUCUAACUUGGCGGAGCAACCCAGCAGCAAACAGGAAUUUAGCCAUGGCAAUCGUCAAUCAUCAACCAAGCAAGCUGGUGCUUGCCUGGUUUGUAAUCUCGUCCCUUAUAGUCUGCUGGGACACUGGAUACAUUCUCCUGCGCCCGCACUCGUUCAAGGGUGGAAAGUACCACUUUCUCUGGCAGCCCUACGACCUCUACGGCAAGGUUGACCUCAUCUACAGCCGGAGGUUCUAUGAGGCUUUCAACGGCUUCACCGCCGCUCAGGGCUACAUGAACAUCAUCGAGACAAUCCUCAACUUUGCCUACGUCUACAUGGCCGCCAUCGAUGGCCGGCCCGCUUGGCGCGCCGCCUCGCCCGUCCUGGGCCUCUCCGUCGCCCUCAUGACGUUCUGGAAGACGGUCCUGUACUGGCUCCAAGACUACCUCAGUGGCCCCAAGGGCUGGGGCUACACGGGCCACAACAGCGCCUACGACUUUUUCGUCCUCUUUGCCCUCCCCAACGGCUUCUGGCUCCUCGUGCCCCUCAUUCUUACCGCCUACUUUGCCAUCGAGAUUGCGGGAAAUCUUCAGGCUGCCGCUGGCGUCAGUGGAUUCGACGGACCAGCAGGAAGCACAAGGAGCCGCCAGAGGAAGAGCCUCAAGGGCCAGUAAAGGUGCAUGAGUAGAACAAGGACGCGAAAUAGAAAAGUGGAAGGGCAGAUGGCAUUGGCCUUGCUGCAUAUUGCGCUGCUGCUGCCCAUCGGAGGAUCCGCUUGUUGUUGAUAGUAAUAGUAAUAAUAUACACUCUGCAUGUUGUUCAUUGCAGAAGUCUCGUCAC